AUGCCUCGAAUUCUUAGCUUCCGUGAGGUGAUCAGGAAUGAUAUCGAUUAUGCCUACCAUUCCAGCACGACCUUCAUCGAUACAACCUACAGAAAAUCGAAUAAAUUCAUCUCCGAUGGCGUUAAACAAUUGAAAAACAAUUGGAAGAUGAGAAAGCAAAAUAGAGCAGAGAAGGAAAUUCAUCAGAAAACAAAGGCUUUCGAAAGCGAAAAGUAUGCUGAAAAGUUGAGAAAGACAAUGCCUAGUUAUGAAGGUUAUGAUCCGUAUGCUAACUUGGGAGCUGGAGAAAGAAUUCCUCAUGAUGCCUUAGUUUUUGUGCAGAAAUCAAUUAUUGAGUUUUAUAGGAAGGAGUUUGAAAAGUCACUUGAUGAUUUAAAGAUUGCAAAGGUUUUGGAUUUUAAAUUGGAUAAUGUUUAUUUGUAUCAUUACUUGGUUGGAUAUAUGAGAUUUUUGAAUGGAAAGUUUGCUAAGUCAAUUGAGAGUUAUAAGAGAGCUAUUGAGUUGAUGGAUAAUGUAGCGUUGGAUGAUUCAGAGUUGAUUGGUUCUGUAGAAAAAGCAAUUGUUGAAAUAGAAGACAAGAUGAAGCAUACCUAUGACAAGAUCAUGGACUAUUUCAGUAAGGAGAAAUCUACAAAGAAAGAAUCGAUUGUUAGCAGGGAAGAGCUUCACUAUUGUAUUGGUGUGUCAUAUUUUAGUGUUUCUUAUUAUAGGGAUGCUAUUAAUCACCUCUCUGAGGCCAUUUCUAGUAUGGAACUCUUGGAAAGAAAUCAGGAUCUUGAUACUUUACUUCAUCUUGCUUAUUAUUAUAGAGGAUAUUCCAAUUUUGGUAGUCAUUCAUUCACAACUGCUAUCGAGGAUUUUACAAAGAGUUUAGAGUUCAACAAUCAAGACGAGAGAGCUAAACUAAUGUUGAAUAAUUCAAUGCAGAGAAUGGGAGAAGAGCCAAAUCAAAUUUGCCUUGCACCACCACCAACUGCGUUCCACUAUAGAUUGUUGAAUGAGGAAAUAAUGGGUCAUAUCUUUAGCUAUUUGAGAAUUCACAGCCUUAGGACUCUCUCAAUGACCUGUAAAUAUUGGAAAAUUUUAUCCAUGAAGAGUUUACUUGAUAGAGAUUUGUGCAUUUUACAAUAUGAGGAGUUUGUUAAGGAUCCUGACAAUACUUUGAAAUAUGCAAAUGAAAGUUCACUUACGGAAAAGCUCUUCAUGCCAAAAAAAUACCAAUGUGAAAUCUACACAUUAAUAUAUUAUGUAUUGGAAUCACCAUUUUUCAAACACUACAAGAAGAAACAACGUGAUAUACAUGUCAUGUUUCCAAAUUUUAUUUGUGCUGUUGGUGGUGCUAAUAGUUAUGUUUCGUACUUUUUUGGAAAUUGUAAGAAAUUGUACCUUUCCUGCAUUACGUUUACUUCUAUUUCCUACUAUUAUAAUUCUUUUACUGAAAAGAAAUAUCCAGUUGAGGAAUUAUUCAUCAUCAAGUAA